AUGCCCGAUCCUUUCGCUCCGCGCUCGAUGAAGCGCAAGAACGUCAAGGGCCUCGCCCUGACGCCUGCUGCUCCCAAACCGCCCCCGACUGCCGAAACCAGCAGACACGACUACGAUUCCCGUGAUCAGGACGGGAACGAUCAGAGCGCACAACUCGAGAUUGGCAUUGAGUACAAGCUGGACCUGAAACAAGAAGACCUGGAAGUCCUGAAAGAACUGGGAUCCGGCAACGGUGGUACGGUCAGCAAGGUUAGACAUGUUCUUACCGGAACUGUCAUGGCCAGAAAGGUCAUCCACGUGGAAGCGAAGAAGGAGAUGCGUAAACGUAUAGUAAGAGAGCUACAGAUUAUGCAUGGAUGCCACUCGGCAAACAUUGUCAACUUUUACGGCGCAUUCCUCAACGACAACAACGAUGUCAUCAUGUGCAUGGAAUACAUGGACGUUGGUUCUUUGGACCGGGUUUCGCGGGUCUUUGGUCCCAUUCGAGUCGAUGUGCUCGGCAAGAUCGCUGAAGCUACAUUAGGUGGCUUGACGUACCUUUACUCAAAGCACCACAUCAUGCACCGAGACAUCAAACCCUCCAAUAUUCUGGUCAACUCUAGGGGCAGUAUCAAGUUGUGUGACUUUGGUGUCUCUGGCGAGCUUGUCAACUCUGUCGCAGACACUUUUGUUGGCACAUCGACCUACAUGGCCCCUGAGCGUAUCCAGGGCGAAAAGUAUACAGUCAAGUCAGAUGUCUGGAGUUUCGGCCUUACAAUUAUGGAGCUCGCCAUUGGAAAGUUUCCGUUCGCUGCAAGCGAGCAGCUAUCGGAUGGGGAUGGUGCCCCUGCUGGUAUUCUUGACCUGUUGCAGCAAAUCGUCCACGAGCCCGCGCCGAAGCUGCCGAAGAGUGACGCAUUCCCUUCUAUCCUCGAGGAUAUGAUUCAAAGGUGUCUCUCUAAAGUCCCCGAGGAGCGGUCCACGCCCCAGGAGUUGUUUGAUCGUGAUCCAUUUGUGCAGGCUGCCAAGAGAACGCCCGUUAAUCUCCGUGACUGGGCGGUCAGCAUGAUGGAGCGAGACAACCGCAAAUCCCACCUGGCUCCACAACUGUCCCCUGCUACACGAGAGCUGCUAAACUCAAGCGAUUCACCAACGUACCAUAACAACUCUAAUGAUGACCGCCCAUUCGAUACGCCCACCUCGGGAGAGAUUCCAAUUGCUGGCGCUGGCAUCAUAUCGCCAAGAGAUCAGUACGGACCUUCGCACAACCGAUCUCCCACUAGAAACGGGCUGCCAUCUGGAAGAUCCACAGGACCAGGCCAUCCGGGAAUGGGACAGAGGAUUGUCACUACCAAUUCCAUCCCCAAGGCCGGUGACUAUCCCAAUAGUGCCGGCCCCGCCAGCGCCAGUGCUGCCACCUUUAGCCUCCCAGUUCGCCCAGCACCACCCGGAGGUCCCCUGCCGCCUCCGCCACCCCGGAAAGGAACCCCUGACGACGGCCGUAGGGAGAAUAGAAGGCAGGCUACGUUCGGCAUGCCGCCGUCCAACAGAGGCUACAUGAAUGACGUUUACAAUGGGUCCUCGAAUUAA